CUUGUCUUUAUAAUCGCAACCCCUUUAGAUAUAACAACCCUGCUCUAAAGAGUACCCUCUACAAAUUAAAUUAUCUAUAAAUUGUCAAAAAAAGAUGUGUAGUAUUUUAAUGUCACUCUAAUUUGAUAAUAUAAAAGUGAAAGUAUUUUUUUAGUGUUUCCUCGUGAAUAUACUUAAGAAGUAACAUAGUUAAUUUCAAAGCAAUUAUUUAUAAUAUAGCUAUAUUUUAAAUAGUAGAAAGUAAAUGGAAUUUUACCCUGACGUAAAACUAACUGGAACUGGAGAGUAUUUCCUUUCAUAUAUUUAAAAUAUACAUAUAUAAUUUUACUUUUUAAAGCCCCCUCAAUGGUAAUUCUUAUUGGAUAUUUUAUACAUAGAAGAAAAUGAUUGUUUUCAAGAAACCUUUUACCUUACAUUAUAUAAUAAUUAUUUAUUCUUUUCUUGUUAUCAUACUUUUAUUUAUAAUACUUCGCUACAAUGCUCAAGUUAUGGAGUCUUGCGAUAGUAAAAUAUACUGCCAAGGAUCACUUUUGGACACUAUUCAAAGAGCAAAAAUUUUCAAUGACUCAAAGUCAUUUGUCGAUCUGGCUCAAAGGAAAUCUCCAUCAGUAACUUUAAAACAUUUCGAAAGUCUUAUGGAAGAAACCGGCAAUCAUCCUUCGUACGCUCAAGUUAAAUCAUUUAUUGAUAACAAUUUCGAAUUUCAAGGAGAACUUGUACCAUGGACUCCAACGGACUACACCGAAAAUCCACAAUUUUUAACAAAAAUCAAGAAUACUACUGUAGCUGAUUUUGCUAAAAAAUUGAACACUGUUUGGCUCACAUUGGCAAGGAAAGUAAAUACUAGCGUUUAUAAAUUUCCGGACAGGCAUUCUAUUAUUUAUCUUCCUGAAGGUUUUGUUAUACCUGGAGGAAGAUUUAAAGAAGUUUACUACUGGGAUACUUAUUGGAUUAUAAAAGGCCUUCUUAUUAGCGGAAUGACGGAUACUGCAAGAGGAAUGUUGAAUAAUUUUGUGUCUUUAAUUAGAAGGUUUGGUUUUAUUCCCAAUGGUACAAGAGUUUACUAUCUAAACCGAUCACAACCUCCUCUUUUAUCAGCAAUGGUAGGCAUCUAUUUCAAUUACACCAACGACAAAAAAUGGGUGAAGAAAAAUAUUGAUGCCAUUGAAACUGAGCUGCUAUGGUGGCUGCAAAACCGAGCCGUAACGGUUAAGAAACAAGGAACUGAAUACAGACUAGCCCAAUAUUCGGUGAAAAGUGGAACACCAAGACCAGAGUCAUAUUCGGAAGAUAUCGAAACUUGUAGAGCGUUCGACUAUUAUGAAAAGAUAAAAUGUUACAAAAAUCUCAAAAGUGGAGCAGAAUCUGGUUGGGAUUUCUCAUCAAGAUGGCUGGUUGGAUCAGAUGGAAGUAUCUCUUUAAAACUUGAAGAUAUAGAUGUCAUUGGAAUUGUUCCAGUAGAUUUAAAUGCUUUCCUUUGUGGAGGCUUUGGUCAAAUUUCAAGAUUUUACAAGAUGCUUGGUAAUGCUUGGCAAUCAAAAAAAUGGCGGAAAAGAGAACAGGUAUGGAUGGAUGGAAUUUCACGGGUCCUUUAUGAUUCUAAAGACGGCACUUGGUACGAUUGGGAUAUUAAUCUAUCGAAACCUAGAAGAGGAUUUUUCCCUAGUAACUUAUCUCCAUUAUUUACAGAAUCUUUUGAACCUCAUAUGAAGGAAUACUACGGACGCCGUGCUAUUGAAUAUUUAGAUAAAAAUAAUAUAGAUUCUUUUAAAGGUGGAAUUCCGACAUCGUUAUUACAAACAGGUCAGCAGUGGGAUUAUCCAAAUGCUUGGCCACCAUUACAAGAUAUGAUCGUCACUGGUUUACUAAAUACGAAAAUUCCAGCAGGAAUUGAAAAAGCCCGGCUAUAUGCUAUUUAUUCAUUGGAUGCUUAUAUAACAGGAUUUCGAACUACUUCCGAAAUGUUUGAAAAAUAUGACGCAUCUGUUUCUGGACAAUAUGGUGGCGGCGGUGAAUAUACUGUACAGACUGGAUUUGGUUGGACGAAUGGAGCCGCUUUAUCAUUCAUAAAAUUAUUGUAUCUAUAAAUAUAAAGUUGUAAAUGAAUAUUGUUUCAAUAGUGAUUAUUUUUUCGUCUGUCAAAUAAGUCAAAUAUUAUGAUUUUAGACAAUAAAGGCUCGCUUUCAUAACCAGUUAUUAAGAUUUAUACUGAUCGAAUUACUUAUCUAUAUAUAAAUUCGUUAUUUACUUAC